AUGGAUCGAAACCAUCCUCUGCUAACGAAGGCCGUUUCNAUCAUGAACUCCUUCGUCAACGACAUCUUCGAGCGCAUCGCGGCCGAGGCCUCCCGCCUGGCCCACUACAACAAGCGCUCCACCAUCACCUCCCGCGAGAUCCAGACGGCCGUCCGCCUCCUCCUGCCGGGAGAGCUGGCCAAGCACGCCGUCUCCGAGGGCACCAAGGCCGUCACCAAGUACACCAGCUCCAAGUAA